AAAGUCCUCACCGUGGGGUCACGACUUGUCGUUUAUUCUGUAGAAACUGUGAAACUUGGUGGUUCUGAUAUGGCGCCUUUUGGGUUGGUGCAAGGUCUGAGCCGAAAGGUAUUAAGUGUGGGAUUAAGGAACGUCUACUAUCGUGGCAUCCACCGGUGCAGCUCAUUGCUGUCAGAUGUUCCUCCUCCUAGACCUGUUACUGCCACCAGUUAUGUCCAUGGAACCUGUAGUUUACCGCUGACCAGCAGGACUAUGCAGCAGUGUCUGGCUGAAACCACUGACCGAAUCCCUGAUCAUGAAGCUCUUGUGUUUCUGCAGAGUGGCACACGGAAAACAUUUAGCCAGCUAAGCAAGGAUGUUGAAACUCUUGCCGCUGGACUUUUAGCACUUGGUCUUAAGAAAGGAGACCGCUUAGGGAUGUGGGGACCAAACAGCUAUGAGUGGAUCCUUGUGCAAUACGCUUCAGCAAAAGCUGGAAUUAUCUUGGUAUCUGUGAAUCCAGCAUAUCAGCCAAAUGAAGUUGAAUAUGUGCUAAGGAAGGUUGGGUGUUGUGCACUAAUCUUUCCAUCACAGUUUAAAACACAGAAAUAUUAUGAAAUCCUUAAGCAGAUUUGUCCUGAAAUAGAAAACUCGCCUGCUGGAGGUAUUCAAAGCAAGAAGUUGCCUGACCUCAAAACUGUUAUAGUCUUGGAUAAGAGCUAUUCUGGUACCUUACACUUUCAGGAGGUGAUGGAAUCAGGAGGAUCUGACUUUGUGAAGCAGCUACAGAAUUUACAGAAAGAGUUAUCGUGUGAAGAUCCCAUCAACAUACAAUUUACAUCUGGUACAACUGGCAAUCCAAAAGGAGCAACCUUAACCCACCAUAAUAUUGUAAACAAUGCAGCACUUACAGGAAUAAGAAAUGGCCUUAACUGGAAGGAGGGUGUUCGGAUAGCCAUGCCCGUUCCUUUGUACCAUUGCCUGGGGUCUGUUGUUGGAAGUCUCAUGAUGGCUCUUUAUGGAAGUACUCUUGUCUUUCCAUCUCCAGGCUUCGAUUCAAGAAAAUUGCUGGAAGCCAUUUCCCAAGAGAAGUGCACAAGUAUGUACGGAACACCCACUAUGUAUAUAGACCUUAUGGGGCAGCCAGAUUUUUCCACACACACGUCUACUCUUACCACUGGUAUUAUGGCAGGAUCCAUUGCACCUCCAGAGCUCAUGAAGAAGAUUGUUACAGAAACAACUAUGAAGAAUAUUGUGAUAGGAUAUGGAACAACAGAGAACAGUCCUGUUACUUUUAUGGGAUUCUUGCAUGAUGAUCUAAUACGCAAGACUGAGACUGUAGGGUACAUUAUGGCGCAUACAGAGGCAAAAGUAGUGGACCCUUCCACAAACCUCAUUGUGCCGCUUGAUACACCUGGGGAACUGCUCAUCCGUGGGUACUGUGUAAUGAUGGGCUACUGGGGAGACCCUGAAAAAACCAAGGAAGUAAUCACUGAUGAGAAAUGGUAUAGAACUGGAGACAUUGCAACUCUGGAUCAUUAUGGAUACUGCCGGAUUGUUGGGCGUUGUAAAGAUAUGAUCAUCCGUGGAGGGGAGAAUAUCUAUCCUGCCGAAAUAGAGCAGUUUUUACACACACAUCCCAGCAUCCUAGAAGCACAGAUUGUUGGUGUGAAAGAUGAGCGAAUGGGGGAGGAGAUAUGUGCUUGUGUCAGAAUCAGAAAUGACAUAAUAUGCACAUCAGAAGAAAUCAGGGACUACUGCAAAGGGAAGAUUUCUCACUUCAAGAUCCCACGUUACAUUGUGUUUGUAAACGAAUACCCUCUGACUGUUUCUGGGAAGAUCCAGAAAUUCAAGUUGAAAGAAUUAAUGGAAAAACAGCUAAAGUUAUAAGGACCACCAUUUCGUGUUUUGAUUGAUAUCCCAUCUCCUGUAGUUCAACACAUUUUCUAAGGAUUCACACUACUUCCUAUUAUAGCUCCUCCCCUGUCACAAUACCCUUAUUUUAACAUCACUGUCAGAUGGUUGUAUGGUGUAACAAAUUGUAUCAAUUGAAAUGAAUAUAAAUAAAGACAAAUGACAACA